AUGGCCGACCACGGCGGCCCUGCCGAGACGCCCAGCUCGCGGGGCUCUCCUCGGCCGGAGCCCCGGGCCCCACGCACGGCCGGGCCGAGCGAGACCCCGCGUACCGCGGCGCUGGCGUUGCGCUUCGAUAAGCCCAUCAAACAGGCUUUCUACAACACGGGCGCCGUGCUGUUCGUGUGCCUGUGCUGUGGCGCCGCGGUUCUUGUGUACUUCAUCCUCGAGGCCUUCCUGCGGCCGCUGCUCUGGGCCGUGCUGUGCGGCACUUUCCUGCACCCGUUCAAGAGCUCGCUCACGCGCCUGGGCCGCCUGUGGCUGCGGCGCCUGCACCGCGCGCACACGCCCAUCGUGCUGGCCGCGCUGCUGCUGCCGCUCUGCUUCGCGGACUACGGCGUGGAGGCGCUGGGCGAGCAGGCGCUGCGCCGCCGCCGCCUGUUGCUGCUGCUGGGCGCGGGCGGCCCGCUGCUCUACGGUCUCUACUGCCUGGGCAGCUACCUGGGCGUACAGGUGCUGCUGGCGCACGCGGGCGCGCUCAUCUGCCGCGGCCUCGACUACUUCAGCAGCCUGUGGAUCUGGACAUUGGUAGUUGGCUACGUGCUGAUGGUUUCAUUCAAGUGGAAUGCAAGCACUCGACGUUACUUGAGGGCAGUUUCGAUUCCUGUCUGGAUGAUACUGCUUUUUCAUAUAGCAUCACUGGCUGGCUCAUGGAGAAUUCCAGUGUUCCUGGUUAUUGUUUUCCUGAUGUCUGUGGGCACCCUUUAUGAAAAACAGAAUGAGAAGGAGUCUCCUGGGGCAGAAUUACCAGGACAAGUGAUCUCCAUGGCAGCUUCUACUCUUGCAAAUUUGGCCAUCUCCAUCACUGGAUAUGAGUCGAGCAGUGAAGACCAGCCCUCUGACCCCCCAGCAGAGCCAACAGACAAGGGAGAACCCCCUCCGGCGUUGUCUGCUUCUUCUUCCUCUCGUUCCUCACCCUCUUCUCCUUCACCUACAUUGGGCAGACAGAGGCCUGAGAUGGGAACGUUUCUCAGGAAGAAGAAAACGAGUGACAUUUACUUUGUGUCUCUUGUGUGGGCCAUCAUUGCUGUCCAGCUCUGGCUGAACCUGUGGAUUGUACAGCUGCUGCCGGUGCCUGUUGCAGUCUGGAUCAUCAAAAAGCUCGUGAUCCACUUUGGAGUGGUGGGCUUCCUGGAGAACCGCUGCCGCGCAUGGUGGCAGGUGAUUGAGUGCUUCCUGAAGGAGAGACAGGAGGCCUUAGCACCUUGGCCAAUUAUUGGGCUUGGAAAGUUCUUACUAAAAGUUGAUAGCAAGAUGAUCAUCUGGUUGGAGAAGAUGUUAGAUAAAAUUAUUAGCAUUUUCAUCAUAUUCUUGCUAGUAAUAGGAACCCUUCUUUUGGCUCUUCUCCUGACUGCAAAGGUACAUCAAGAGAGUGUACACAUGAUUGAAGUCACAAGUAGUCUGAUUAAUGAAACUCUAGCAAAUCACCCAGAGUGGGCCAAUUGGCUUCCUGAGGCUCAGGUGGUCCAAAGAGCUCUUAAUUCUGCAGCAAACAAUGUGUAUCAGUAUGGACGGGAAUGGAUAACUCACAAGCUUCACAAAAUUCUAGGAGAUAAGGUGAAUAACACGGCUGUGAUUGAGAAGCAAGUUCUCGAACUGUGGGACAGACUGUAUCACUCUUGGUUUGUUAAGAACGUGACACACUCUGGAAGGCACAAAGGGCACAAGAUGCAUGUGAAUCGUCAGAACAGCUGGCUGGGAGAUAUUUUGGACUGGCAAGAUAUUGCCUCCUUCGUUCAUGAGAACAUCGAGACUUUUCUUUCGAUAUUAUCUUUUGGCUUCCAAAUAUGGAAGAUGAAGAUCCUGGAGUCUCUGUGGAUUGUUAUGAGCCGGAAUGUGAGCCUGCUGUUUACCACAGUUACCACCCUGCUGACCAUCCUCUUCUACAGUGGCACUGCCCUUCUCAACUUCGUACUUUCUCUGAUAAUUUUCCUGACCACACUGUUUUAUCUGUUAAGUUCCAGUGAUGAGUACUACAAGCCAGUGAAGUGGGUGAUAAGCCUGACACCACUCUCUCAGCCAGGCCCUUCUUCUAACAUUAUUGGCCAGUCUGUGGAAGAGGCUAUCAGAGGGGUAUUCGAUGCUUCCCUCAAAAUGGCUGGCUUCUAUGGAUUGUACACCUGGCUGACUCACACUAUAUUUGGCAUCAAUAUUGUCUUCAUACCGUCAGCUUUGGCAGCAAUCCUUGGAGCUGUGCCAUUUCUGGGGACAUACUGGGCAGCAGUACCUGCAGUUCUAGACCUGUGGCUGACACAAGGGUUAGGAUGUAAGGCCAUUUUGCUCCUGGUCUUUCAUCUCUUGCCAACAUACUUCGUAGACACUGCAAUCUAUUCUGAUAUAUCAGGAGGAGGCCACCCCUACCUGACUGGCUUAGCAGUGGCUGGCGGAGCCUACUACCUGGGCCUGGAAGGAGCGAUCAUUGGGCCUAUACUUCUCUGCAUACUUGUCGUUGCUUCCAAUAUCUACAGUGCCAUGCUAGUGAGUCCUACGAACUCAAUGCCCACACCAAAUCAGACCCCGUGGCCUGCUCAGACUCAGCGGACUUUCCGUGACAUCUCUGAAGAUCUGAAAUCUUCAGUAGAUUGACAUGGCUUUACUGCAGUGACUUCUCUGGGGAGUUUUCACUUUGACAGUGAGUCCUCCGAGCUUUGGCGUCCAUUCUGUCAGCUGUGUCUGGCAGGCAGGGGAACCCAGAAAAGAAGCAGAAGCCUCCCAGCCGUACAUGCAGAACACCAAGUGAGAGAGAACUUGCUCUAGGCUGCUUCGCAUUUCAAAACACAGCUUGAGAGUUGAGAACUGUGUCUGCUCACAGCUCCUGCUAAGAUGGCUUGAAAAGUUGCAGUUCAUGCAUUGGUACCAAGGCUUGAAAUUGCCCUCUUUGAUUAUCUGCUGCAGUGUGUAUUGAUAAGGUAUUUUAAGGAUUUUGAAUUACCUGCUAUUAAAUGUAUAUCCAGUGUAGUUUUUCUCCUGCUGUAGGAGUUUAGCCCUUUUCAGUGACAAGGCUUUUCCUGUGGAGUAUGGUUCAGUAAGCAGAAAAGGGCGUCUGAUACCCCUUAGGUAAAGAUGGAUCUGUGUGCUGUGGGAGAGACGCAGGAGGAGUGGAGCUCUUCCUCUCUUCUUCUCACCCAUGUUGCCAGAUUUCUACAACUUUUCUGACCACACUGAAGAAGAUCCCUACUGAGCUGCUAUGAAUAGUAAGGAUGUGAUAGAAUCCAUGCUGUCAGUGUUCCUCUCUUACCUGCUUUAUAAGCAUAGACUCUAAGUCGCAGUGGUCCUCUGGUUUGUUAUGUGUACCCACAGUUCUUUUCUGGGACCUCUAUCCGUUAGUUUGUAGUAGCAGAAUUUCCUAUUUCCUGCCGCUUAGCACAGUGCCUUGCACAGGGAGUCUAGAUGAAUGCUUGCUGAAUUGGACUAUAACUUUGUGUGUAUCUUAGAUAUGACACAACCAGCUUAGUCACAACCAGCAUAGUGCGUUACAUUUUAUACAGCCUUUGUGCACAUUACUUUACGCGCACUUCACAUCAGCUCGAGAAGCUCUGUACUCUGAAGAGUGUCACACUGUAGGGGAGCUAAGCUUCAGGACAGCGGCCAUGCAAAGCUACCGAGUGUCAUAGCUUAUCUCCUGUCUUCUGAUGUUACAUCUGCAGGCUCUGUCGUAACGCAUUUUUUCUGGCCUUGGCAGUUUCCCAGUCCUGUUAGCAGAGGUUGUCAUUCACUCGUUACAUGUGAAAGAGUUGUUCUGCUUCAUGACACAUGACCUGGCUGGAACUUGAGUCCCACUCCUAGUGUGCCCUUUCUAGCUGUUCCUGUGCUUCCGAGGAAAUGUGCAGCAGAAGGGAUUUGGAUUUGUUUUUUGAAAGCACUUAAGACUAAAAUUUUUUUAAAAAACUUCUUACUAACUUUAUAACUUGAUUGACCUCACGAUUAAUAAAACCCACACCUACUGCAGUGUCA